CCCUUGUAAUUACGGCUGCCGCUUUGUUCUUUGUUGCUAAUAAACGAAUGAAAAAGGAUGAAUCACUUGAAUCUUAUAAAGCAGAGAGUGGUUUACUUGAUAGUGAUUCUGACAUAUUCUUAAAAGGUGGCGCUUCAAAGGAGUCAUUACCUAUGUCCGCGCCCCCUAUACCGAAAACAGAUCAAAAAGUAAAACCUUCCACUCCUCUGUCAACAGGAAGCGCUACCCCCCAAACUCUUCCACAUUUUCCUCAGUUAAAUACUCAGCUCUUUGAUUCUUUUCCUGAUUCUUACAAUAUUCCGCCAAAGGCUUAUAAAUCUGGUAUUAUUAGUAGGUCUAGAUCAUCUAUAGAUCUCGCUCAUUUGAAAGAUAAGGAGAAAGAAUCUGAAAGUUACCCUUUCACCGAGUCCACCUUGUAUAAUGAUUCACCAGGACCACCACUGGGGAUUGAACGAAGCCUUCCCAGAGUCGAUCCGGAACAACCAGGAGAAAGUCUGUAUAUGACAUCACAUCAUCCUUCUGCUGAUCGAAAAUUACCUAAUGAUAUCUAA